GCAGGCGGCCAGGGUUGAUAGGGGCUGGGCUGAUGACAGCAUCCUCCGCCGCACACCUGACUGACUCCAUCAGAUGCACAGAUGAUGAUGAUGAUGAUGAUGGAGCUCUCUACGCUGCCGGGUUAUUCUGCUGCCAUUUCGCACGUCCACUGACACAUGUUCUACAAAUGACUUAAUAAUUUGUUUUACUUAAAUUAUUUUUGCCGGAUGUUUUCGUUUUUAUGCGUGAUCAUUCAGCGGAUGGUGUGUUCGCUUUAUUAUUUACUGUGAAUGCUGAGUGGUCGGCUCGAGGUGGUCUUUGUUUUCCUGGAGCAGCGAACAGGAGUGGACUGAUGCUGCUGCGUCGCUGGUAGCCUGAACACCAGAAAUGGGUGUCAUCGAUCCAAGGUUGCCAGUCGCGAUUUGUUCUUGGACCAGAUUUUUGUUUUUCUUAUGAUAAAUCAUCUGCCCAAUCCAGGUUUUAUACAUCUAGCCUGCAAGUUGCUACUCUGAGCAGGCUUCAGUCAAGCAAACAAAUGAUCCAAUCAAUAGCCUCUGGACAGAGUCUGCCAUAGGGAGGAUAUCAAUAACACGCUAAAACACCUGAUACACACACACACACACACACGCGCACACACACACACACACACACACACACACACACACACACACACACACACACACACACACACACACACACACACACACACACAAGCCAUGGCACUGGAGAACUCGGUCUUCCCCUCGUGCCCGGACUCUCUCUCGCUCCCUGUGGAGGAGAAGGUGGAAGGGGAAGAAGUCGAGGUGGCCACUGAGGCCACCGCCUCCACCGGAGUCUUCAACCUAUUGGGGGAGCUGGGCCACGUCAUCACCACGGAGACAGCACCGUCACUUCCACCCUUAGCCAAGGUGAACAGGUCCUUCCAGGCCAAGUUGGCUGAGCGGGAGGCCCAAGCCAAUGAGCCCAGGAAGAAGACCCAGGGGACGGAGAAGGAGAGGGGACGAUUCGGCUGGGUCCGGACUCGGCGUAAGAGACAGCGCUAUGUGGAGAAGAACGGCCGCUGCAACGUGCAGCACGGUAACAUGCGGGAGACUUAUCGCUUCCUGACUGACAUCUUCACCACGCUGGUGGACCUCAACUGGCGCUGCUCGCUCUUCGUCUUCGUCAUGGCCUACGCCGGCACAUGGCUCUUCUUCGGGGCCAUCUGGUACCUCAUAGCAUACUGUAGGGGGGAUCUGGACCAUCUGGAGGAUGAGACGUGGACGCCGUGCGUCAACAAUGUCAACGGCUUCAUCUCGGCCUUCCUCUUCUCCAUCGAGACGGAGACCACCAUUGGCUACGGCCACCGCGUCAUCACCGACCAGUGUCCAGUGGGCACCAUGCUGCUGCUGCUGCAGGCCAUUCUGGGCUCAAUGGUCAACGCCUUCAUGGUCGGCUGUAUGUUUGUGAAGAUCUCGCAGCCCAACAAACGGGCCGAGACGCUGGUGUUCUCCAAACACGCCGUCAUCUCUCUGAGAGACGACAAGCUGUGUCUGAUGUUCAGGGUGGGCGACCUGCGGAGCUCCCACAUCGUCGGGGCCAACAUGAGGGCCAAGCUCAUCAAGUCCAAACAGACCCAGGAGGGUGAGUUCAUCCCUCUGGACCAGACAGACAUAAGCGUAGGCUUUGAGACGGGCGAUGACCGUCUCUUCCUGGUCUCUCCGCUGGUCAUCUCCCACGAGAUCGACGUCCAUUCUCCCUUCUGGGACAUGUCGCAGGCCCAGCUGGAGAAAGAGGACUUUGAGAUCGUGGUCAUCCUGGAGGGAAUGGUGGAGGCAACCGGGAUGACGUGCCAGGCGAGGAGCUCCUAUCUAGCGGAGGAAGUGUUGUGGGGUCACAGGUUUAGUCCCAUGAUGUCGCUGGCGGAGGGCUUCUUUGACAUUGACUACGGAGCCUUUCAUCAUACGUUUGAGGUGGUCUCGCCUUCCUGCUCAGCACGAGAGCUGUCAUUGGCUGCGGCCAGACUCGACGCUCACCUCUAUUGGUCCAUCUCCAGCAGGCUGGACGAAGAGCCCACCCUGACCAACCAGGCGGCCAAGCAGCCGGACAGCGGCUCGGCCAACAGCAAAGGAGGGGAGCCCACCUUCAUCGUGGGAGAGAUGACGGACAUCCAGGAGCAGACAGGACUGGGCGAGCUGAACGGCAGCGUCGCCACCGACCAAUCUGAAUCAGAGGCCUAGAACACAGAAUGUUCACAGAGACCUUCAGCAUAUCGCCCCCUCACCACAAUAAGUUUGCAAAUCUUUUCUUUUUAGGGCAAAUGAGUAGUUUCAUUAGGCCCAGUUCUACAGUGUAUGCCAUAUCUUAUGUUACCAUAUGAGAGUUUAUUUCUGGAGAUUUUUCUGUCUUUUAUCUCUAUGUUGAUCUUUGUUACAUGUGUACUAUAUGUGUGCUAUCUUGUAGCAUUGUCUCGUUAGCUCACCCUUGCCUAUAUCUACAUUUAAAUGACAACACAAUGCUUCAGGUGGGGUCAAAAAUAAGAAAUUAUAAUAUAUAUGUAUAUACAUAUACAUAUAUAUUCUGUGGACCAAGGCAGAAUGUUGCAAAAUGAUGACAAGGUGGUUGUUUGUGCAGCAUCACGUGUGUGAAUUGUUCACAUUUAAAAUAGAUUCUGUGCAUAGAUGCUUUAUUUUUACCUGCGCAUGAAUAUCACUAGAUGAUAUUGAAGUAUAGACUGAAAUUGUAGAAACCUCAAAUGUAUUUAGAUGCAAAGAUUGUUAUGAGAGUUAUUGAAAAUCAUGCAGGUGUUAACAGAGUGGGAAGGUAACACCCAGUGUAUUUAUACUCUGCUAGAAACUUCAUUUGGCUACAGACCAUCAUGCGGUGCUAUAAAAAUGUCUGAAAUAUAUAUUUGGCUGACAAAAGAUUAUAAAAAUGGCCAGUGGACAACAUAGCCAACCCUCUCUCACUCCCAACUUGUCAAAUACAGACGCAAAAAUCACCCUUUAGCAACUGUAUGAGACACACCGGGCAGAUCAAUAGCUUGUCCGCAGGUUGACCGCAGGUUGACCGCAGCUCAACCACAGCUCAACCACAGCUCAACCAAGGCGCUGUAAGAUGGCGUAAUAUGAAGAGCACAGGACUUUCACCGAAGAGACCGAGGUUCAUGUCACAUUCCUGUCCCGCUUAACACUAAAACGUACAAUUUGUAACUCCACCCACAAUCUUUCCAUGAACCUAACUGUCCCAUUCUUGUGCCACAUGUCAGUUAAACGUACAUUUUUUAAAUGAUGCCAAAUUGGACCCGACCCAAAGCGUCAAAAAGUGACGGCAAGAGUCCAUAUCAAGCGUUAAUUAGUUGAAAGCCCCACUGUGUCUGACUGAGACGCUAAAGGAGACUUUUUGCAUCAGUAACAAAUGCCAAAGGCACCUGACCAAGCAUCACUUUUUGUCGUGCUGGGAGUGAGAAUGUGUUUCCUGGCCUGGGUGUAAAGGAUUUCUUAUCUUCUGAUACACUGCACCGAGUAUUAUGUUUGUUUGUUUGUUAAAGAGUAAAUUCACACCCGGCUGAAAAGCAGUGUGUUGCUGCCCUCUAUUGUUAAAAGUUUCUAGCAUGUUUAAACCCUCUGAACACACCCCCAACAGUGAUGUCACUGGUUCUGUAAGUACACCUGUACAUCACUGCAGCAAGGUGAUCAGUAAAACGGCUGGAGGUCAGCAAGAAUGAGAUUUAAGUUACUUUUCAACACCAGUGUGAAUUAGCUGACAUUCCUAACUGCACUCUCACAUAAUGGUGACUAGGGUAUCUAUCUAAAACCUUUAACAUAGAGACAGGUUAACACUCGAGUGUGUCCGUGGCUUCGUUUCACAUACCACGUGUGUAGCACAAGGAUUAUCUAUGUUUCCUUCCCAGCCAAGUAGAAAUGAAAAGCACAACAGUUUCCUGCUCAGUUCAGCCCAGAGUCCUGCUUCUGCUGCUGUGUAUACUGUAUAUGUGGCCAUUUUUACUUGAUGUUUUUACUAUGUAAUAUAACACAUCUAUUAGAAUUAAUAAACUGCACUAUAUUCCAGAA